GGGGUGGCCAUACAAGCAUCGACCACGACGUCCCCUCCUCGACAUCGUCCUUAACACUGUCGUCGUCGUCGUCGUUCGUCUCACCCCGGCGCAGGGCUUGUGUACUGUCCAUCGCUUGCACGCGGUCCCGUUUCGUGCUACCACCCACCAUGCUCUGUUCACCCCCGACGAUGCUCUCUGAUGAAGCGUACGAAGAGCUCGCGCGUUAUUCUCGCUCGCUGCACGAGUACACCCUGAAGCUGUGGACGGAGUCGAGGAGACAGGCGGAGGAACGGGCCCGCCAGCGCCCGACGACGGCGUCACCGCCCCGCGGACGCUCAACGAAGAGGGAUGUGCCGUUACCGCGCAGCUCCUACGAUGCGGACGCAUAGACGCAUGGAGCCCGAUGAUGCCGCGCAGUCGUCGCGCACUUUGCGUCACUACGCGCUCCCUCCGGUGGCUGCGCCACCCCCGCACGCUUCCGCGGACUUCAGCGCUGCUAGCGCUCAACGCCGUGAUCACAAAACAACACCCUUCCUCCCUUCCUCGAGGUCUCCUAUACUCCACAGCGCUAGCCUUCGUGCUGUGUAUUCCGGCCCUUCUACCCCCAUUGUUAUUUUUC